AUGGAUGACGGAGGUUACAAUAAGGCAUUAGAUAUUCUUAAGAAACAAUUUGGGCAACCACAUAUCAUAUUAAAUGCUCUUAUGAAUGAAAUGCUUAAGAGAAAGCAAAUUAAUGUAGGGGAUGGAGAGGCACUUUGGUCUCUUGUUAGUGCUAUGAAAAAGUGUGAUGUGACACUAAAUCAGAUUGGUUACACUAGCGAUCUGAACAGUACGAAUAAUCUGUUAAAGAUCCAGGCCUUGCUGCCUACAGUAAUACAGAACAAAUGGGCUAACAAAGCACAUGAAAUUUUGGAGGAUAGAGAACCUACCUUUUCAGACAUGUUAAAGUUUAUCGAAAAGCAAGCUGAGGUAUCUUGCAAAAUGUUUGGUAGGCAUGUUGGUAGAAAUGAUAAGAGACAAAUUGAGAAACCUAAGGUUUAUGCUAAUGUUGUUAAAACAUCCAAGAGUCCUUCAUGUUUCAUAUGUAAUGGUGAACAUUGA